CUCGUCGUUCAGUCGUCGGUUCGCGGCCGUCGAAAGCGUUCGUACCUCAACCAUAUAUAACACGGAGAAACACGCGUCAGUUCAUCUUCAAGUAUCCACGUACGAGAAAAUUACGUUCUCGACGAUUCUUUUCAAAAAAGAAAAUCAGUGUUUCCGUCUCCUUACGAGAACCCCUUUUAAAAACACCGAGUGCUGAGAGAAUUUUAUUCGGUAUUUACAUGAUGCGCCCCCCUCGUGUAUCUGUUAAUUUGUUAAACGGUUGACGCGAUGUUUUUCAGUCGUUCGUCAGUACGAGUGUUUAUUUAAAUAGUGUUCCUUUGUAGUAAAAUUAAAUUAAAAAGGGGGAAUCGUUUUUUAGACGCGUAGUCAGUUUUCGUAUAUCGAUCAAACUAUCGAAAGAUAACGAUGCAGCACCACCCUGGGACUUGGUACCUUCCAUGGGGGGUACCCUUGCAAAAAAUGGUGGCAGUGCCCAUACAUCCCGCCGGUGCUAUGCAUCUACAGGCUCCGGUUCACGUUCAACCGAUGUUAACUGGUUUGCCGGCUCCUUUGGCAAGCCUGAGGACGUUUGUGCCUCAACCCGGUCUCAGGCAGCCACAAAGAAAGAUCGGCGAAAAAGACAAAGGAAAGCUUACUGGUGGAACGGAAAAAAGAAAAGCAGACGAUGGAGAGCCAAACAAAGAUCUGAAAAAGGCAAAAUUAGAAACAAAAGCUUUAAAAGCAAAAAGACCAGGAUUCACGGACGACCGUUACAAUGAAACAUCGUACUACAUCGAAAAUGGUUUAAGGAAAGUUUACCCCUAUUAUUUCACGUUUACUACGUUCACGAAGGGUAGAUGGGUGGGCGAGAGAAUAUUAGAUGUAUUUGCACGAGAAUUUAGAGCGCAUCCAGCGGAAGAGUAUGAAAGAUGCAUCCAAGCGGGUACGCUAACGGUUAAUUACGAAAAAGUGCCCACCGACUACAAAUUGAAGCACAAUGAUCUCCUCGCAAACGUCGUUCACAGACACGAGACACCCGUGUUAGCAAACCCAAUCAAGCUAAUUCAUGUCGAUGAGGACAUUGUAGUUUUGGAUAAACCAUGCUCGUUACCGGUUCAUCCUUGUGGAAGAUAUAGACAUAAUACGGUAGUCUUCAUUUUGGCUAAAGAAUAUAAUUUGAAGAAUUUAAGAACUAUCCACAGGUUAGAUAGGUUAACAAGUGGGUUGUUAUUAUUUGGAAGAUCACCGAAAAAGGCACGACAAAUGGAACAUCAAAUAAGAAAUAGAUUGGUACAGAAGGAAUAUGUUUGUCGUGUUGAAGGAGAAUUUCCAGAUGAAAUAAUCGAAUGUAAAGAACCAAUUGAAGUUGUCAGUUAUAAAAUCGGUGUUUGUAAAGUAUCACCAAAAGGAAAAGAUUGUGUAACGAUUUUCCAAAAAUUAGGAUACAAUGGGAGAUCUAGUAUUGUUUUAUGUAAACCAAAAACAGGUAGAAUGCAUCAAAUCAGGGUCCAUUUACAAUAUUUAGGUUAUCCAGUUGUUAACGAUCCUUUGUAUAAUCACGAAGUUUUUGGUCCAAUGAAGGGUAAAGGUGGCGAUUUAGGUGGAAAAACCGACGAACAACUCGUCAGGGAUUUAAUUCAUAUUCAUAACGCUGAAAAUUGGCUCGGAAUGGAUGGAGAUAGUGAAUUAUCAAUGUUUAAUCCGAGAAAAGGAGAUUUAGAUGAUUCAUUAGUUGGUGCUUUAGUACCAAAAGAUCGUGUGUUAGGUGAUGAUGAUGCAGAUCCCGUUUCAAGAGAACCAUCUCCAUGUGAAGACCGAUGUGAAACAAGUUCAUCACUUUCGUGUACAUCACCACACCCUCUUUUGGUGUCUCCAUUAACCAAUUCAAGUAGAAAUGAUGCAAAAGUAACGGUUGCGACGCAAACUGGACAUGAAGCACCGGAUCAUUCUUUUAAUCCGGAUAAAAUGACGGUGGAUAAACACUGUUAUGAGUGUAAAGUAAGAUAUAGAGAUCCAAAACCACAAGAUUUAGUGAUGUAUUUACACGCUUGGAAAUAUAAGGGACCUGGUUGGGAAUAUGAAACUGAAUUACCUGAUUGGGCGAGAGUUGACUGGAUUGAUCCUGAAUCAUCCGAGUGAUCUUUCUUUAUGGAUAUAAUACACCAAGAUGUAAAAAUGUUUCAGUUGUUUUAGAGUUGUUUUUUUUUAUACUCGUGUAUAUUUUUUGAAUCUUUGGUUUUAAUUUUAAGUUUUAAAAAAAUGAAUUGACAACCAACAACAAUAAAGUCAAAGUAAUU